UUCGGUAUAAAUACCAGACAAGCAAACAUCAAGAAAUAGUUCAGUUCCUUAGACUACAACAGUCACUAGAAAAAAAUCAAUAAUGAAAUCUGUUAUCUUUUUCACCAUUUUGGCUUUUGCCCUUGCCUGCGUUUUGGCCUGCGAUCCCGAUGGCAACAAUCAACCUGAAUGUACUGCCAAAAAUGUAAAUGUACCCGUUCGUAACUUCUGGGAUCCCACUCACUAUUGGUUGUGUAAAUCUGCUGGUGCCGUUGCCGAAUCUGUACGUUGUCCCGAUGCUGAAGGUUUCGAUUCAGCUAAGGGUGCUUGUGUACCCUUCAGUCAAUGGCAAUGGACUGAACCCUGCCCACCUGCUUAGAAAUAAUGUUAAAAUUUUGAAAUAAAAAAGAAAAACUAUAUUUAAUGUAAAA